AUGGGGACCACUGUUUUCCGUUUGCCCUUGGAUGUUUUUGUAGGCACAAAGCUCUUUGUCAUUGGUGAUGCCAAGUUGACCCGUGCCAUUCUGACUGACAAAGGGACCACCAAGCCAAUGAACAUGUAUGAAAACUUUAACAACAUGGCCAAUGGGGCCAUAUCCUUGUUUGCAAGCAAUGGGUCAUACUGGCAUGCACGACGCAAGGCCAUUGCUCCCGCCUUCUCCUCUCAACAUGUUCAACGAAUGAACGCAAUUGCCAUCGCAAACUGCGAUGAGUGGCUUGAAACAAAAUUGAAGCCCCUCGCCAAAGAGGGCAAGUCCUUUGACGCGGAACGGGAAAUGAUUGACUUGAUGCUGUCCACUAUUUCUGAAAGUGCUUUUCAGUACAAAAUGUCUCCUACAGAAAUGGAUGCAUUCAAGGAAGAUCUGGCAACAGUUGCCAACUACAAUCUCUUGAAGACAAGUCUUGGGCGCUGGAGAAUGGCUAUUAGCUGGUUGCUUACAGAUCGCCAGGCGUAUGGGAAGGCUGCCACACGGAUCCAGGCACUAUGCUACAAGCUAAUUGCGAUCUACAAGCAGUUGGAAAACCCUACAAAGGAACCAUUAUCGAACUCGUUGUGCGCAACGAGGCAUACAACAAUGAUGCAGAACGAGCUGCUGACCCAAAUGGAUAGUCAUGGCCACACUGCUUGCUGCUGCGACCACAUUGGCAUGGGCACUGACGGACCUUGCUCAACACCCACUGCAUCAGGAAGACUACGACGAUCCAUCCAACAGGAUGAUCUCCAGCCCCCCCCCCCCCACCAGCUGGAAAGUGUUCACCAAACCAUCCGUGAAUCUAUGCGACUUCACCCGGUGGUUGCAGUAUCUGCUCGUAGUACUGGCAAGGAUUUCAUCACAAAGCAGGGGAAACUCAUCCCUGCGGGCAGCCUUGCAGUAAUGAGCUAUUUUGUUGUGAUGCGUGACCAGUCCAUCUUUGCGGAAGAGGCUGAUGAGUUCAAACCGGCUCGUUGGGAAAACCCCACAAAGGACAUGACAUGCGCAUUUAUGCCCUUUGGUGCUGGACAGCAAAACUGUGUGGGCCAGAAGUUGGCCAGUGUAGAGUUGCAUUGCAUACUUCCUCGUAUCAUUUCCCAAUUUGAGUUGAUUGUGGAUGAUCCUGGUCGACCCAAAUAUGUCCUUGUUGUGUCACCAGCUAACUGCUUGCUCAAGGCCAAGCUUGUUGCUCAUCCGUAG